AGAGUAAUAUGAGCCAGAUAUAUAUAAAUCCUCUCAACAUGGAGAAUGAUCGACAGGAAAGAGGUCAUUGUUUAUAGCAAACUGCAAACAUGGUCAACCUAAUUAUCAUCUUUGUGGUCCAAUUAAUCUCGAUGGUAUAUUUAGAAACGACCUUCAAGUGAAACGCUUCAAAAAGAACUUGGGAAGUUUGCGGUUUGUGAUAUAGCGCUUAAUUUCGACCAAUGGCAAAAGCGCAAGUGUUGCAUUCCUCAAUUAGGUUAAUAUCAUUCUAACGUUUCAUCAAUCUUACCAGGAAGUUGGGACUGAAAUUCAAAAUGACAUCAAAAUUCACGGCACCAGCGAAGAUAAUAGUUACAGGCGAACAUUCAGUGGCCCAUGGAAAACUAGCUGUAGUAACUGCUAUUAAUCUGAAUUGUCAUUGUACCAUUGCAAGUACCAGUCGCGAAUUUUCUGAAGAAGCGACAACUAAUCUGGAAUUUAAGUCGCACUUUGACCAAAAGCUUGUGUUCAGAAACGCGGAAAUCGCGAAGCUCUUGGAGAGUUACGUUGAGAUCUCGAGCGGCGCUUUCGAUCCACCGAGUAAAGCGCAGAUUGCUCUAUUAGCAGACUUUGUAUCUAAACAUACUCAGAAGAAGUUUUUUUUACUCGCGGGCCAGUGCUUUAUGCAUGUGCUGCUCUCUGUGCUAUCUGAAAUGGUCAAAUCUGGAAAUUUAAUUAACGAAGGGUUUUUGGAGAAAGAUUUGACAUUGAUUAUGACUUCUGAAGUUCCUCUUGGAGCAGGCCUCGGGUCAUCCGGCGCGGUUACUUCAGUUCUAGCUGCUUGUAUUUUGGACACAUUUGGAUUUGUAAGCAAACGAGAAAAUGAGAUUUUGUCCGAAGACGAACUGAAUCGUGUGAACAAAUUAGCGUUCGCAGCAGAGCACAUAGUACAUGGCAAGCCUUCAGGAAUUGACACACUUGCUAGUUGUUUUGGAAAUUCGAUUGUUUUCGAAAACUUUGGAUUUAAAAACUUGCUCGAAAUGCCAGCAUUGGAAAUGUUGGUUGUUAAUACCAACCAGGAACGCAAUACGAAAGUGCUCGUUGAAAUUGUGGGCCAGUUGAAGAAAGAUGAGCCGGAGAACUUUCAGAGAAUCAUUUCAAAAAUAGAUGUAUGCAGUAAAGCUAUCGCAAAUGUUCUUGGCGAAUCUUCGUCUGUACGAAUGGGCGAUGAAUCUUUUUACAAGCUAUCCAAAUUAAUCCGGGAAAACCACGCGUUGCUUCAAGAUUUGAGAGUAUCGACUAGAAAACUAGACGAAGUUGUCCAAUUAGCCGAAAAGUAUAAAUGUGCAGCUAAACUAACGGGAGCUGGAGGAGGCGGGUGUGCUGUCGUAUUCAUGAACCCUUCAGCUGAUUCGGAUAUUGGAUACAAAGCUCUGAAAGAGGAACUGGAAGCACUCGGCAACGAGGUUUUCAAUGUUCAAGCUGGUUGUGAAGGUUUAAGACGAGGCUGAAACGACUGUGCAAUUAUUUGAUCAGGGAUAGAAUUUAACAUUCCAAAUUUUGUAUUGCUAUUCAUAAUUGUCUCUAUUAUCGCGACUGUUUGGGUAUUUUGUAAAUUUUUAUGAAUGGUGCAUGGUAUGGUCUAUUCCCUUUGUAUAGUCAUUAAAAAAUCUCUAUUGACAUACUGUAUUUAAUUGAGUCACCUACCUCAA